GAAAUCCCCGCCGCUUUCGUCAAGGUGCCGAAAAACCUCUUCGUCCUGGAGGGAAAGUCCGGGAAGUUUGAAUGUAAAUUCAUCGGAGAACCGCAGCCAAACCUGGCCUGGUUCCGUAACGACGCUCCCCUACCCGAGGACGAGAGAUUUCAAGUCGAAAUCACCGACUCAGGGAUGUGCGUCCUGCACGUAGACAGCAUCACGGUAGAGGACGCAGGCUGGUACAAGUGUGUCGUGUCGAACCCUCACGGGGAGCAGUCCUGCUGUGCCAAGCUCAUGGUGGAAGACAAACCUGAAGUUGUAGAGGAGGCCCCUGCAGUAGAAGAAGACAUUCCAACAAUAGAAGAGGAAUCCCAAGCAGUAGAACAGGAGGAACAUGUUAGAACUGAGACCGAGGACGCUUCCAUUGUCGGAGAGCUCCGCCAAGCAGCCUUUAAGGUUCGCGAGGAAGAAAGUAAAGUGGAGCUGAAGGUUGAUGAGAAGUUGUUAACAGUGCCCCCUAGCGGAGAUGCAGCUGAACCCAGCGAGACCCUAACAGAAUUGACGGUAGACGAAGGGCUAGACUUGAAACGAGCCAAGUCACCCUUGGUGGAGUUUCCGCACGACAAGGAAAGGACGUUAUCUGGGGCAUCUGUGGAGAGCCCGGCUCCGGAAGACUUUCUGUCGGCAGAGGAAGGUCCAGAGGAAGAUGAGGCCGGCACAAGUCCUCCCGCAUUCCUACAAACCAUUGAAGAUUUCAUCGUAGUACCGGGAGCACCGGCCUUGUUCCAGUGUAGUGUCACAGGAAACCCUUCUCCGGAAGUGUCCUGGUUCAAAGAUGGCGCAAAAAUCGAGCCAGACGACCGCUACUCCAUAGAGCGCUCUGACGCAGGUCUGACGUCACUCACCAUCCAUGACGUCACGGAACAGGACGAGGCGGAGUACACCUGCACAGCGAUGAACUCUGCCGGAAGUGCCUUCUGUACGGCAGACAUCUACUUCUCAGAGGAAAGCCGUACCGAGAAGCUCAAGACCAAACUCGAGCAGAAAAGGAUCACUAAGCAAGAGAUGAUCGUCGAGUUCCCCUCAGAAUCCGAGGUACCGGAGGAGGAGAAAGAUGAAACCGCCGAGCCCGACUCGACCCCGCCCAAGUUCGUCGGCGAAAUCAUCGACGAGAUCGUGCGGGUGGAGGUCGGCGGGACGGCGCGCUUCACCCGUCGGGCGGUGGGGCGACCCAAGCCGCAGCUGAUCUGGUACAAGGACGAUGUUGAGAUCGAGCCCGGAGGCAGGUGCACCAUAGAGUACAGUAACGACGGCAGCAGCAGCUUGGUCAUCCCGAAUGUACGCCCGGAGGACGAGGAGGAGUACAUCUGCAGGGCUGUUAACGAGGCCGGCCAGGCGAUGUGCUACGCUGAUCUCAUAGUCGAUAGAGGUUAGUUCUACUUCAAUAGUGCAAACACCACAGCACUGA